GCUUUAGUAGUACCAAUAAUUGGGGAAAUAAUUGGCUUACCAUUUACAGCGUCUUCUGUUUGUACUUGCCAUGUCGCACAACUGUGGUUGUUACAAGUUAUGGUGCAAGCGUUUGUUCAAACAGACAGCAUACGUUGAGAACGUGUAUCAUUCAUUCAUACAGAUCAUACACAAAUCACAAUUUUUGUCAAGUAUUUGUCUUAUACCCUUAUAAUAAAUUAUAAAUUAUCAGUUUAAACGGACGAUCGGCAUGAAUGGGUUUACAACAGUUACACUUACGGCGACAAAAUCAACCGAUUGUUUUUUGAAGUUCUCAAUACACCGGGAAAUUUCGAACGGAAUUUUUCAAGAAUCGAAAACACAAUCUCUAAGCCAUUCAAUAUGGUUUCAAGAACCACAAAAAAUAUUUAAACUCAAAACCUUCAAAGGGGACACAUACGUAUCAACAACAAUAUGCUAAUGUUUUGUUGUUGUUGUUGUUGUUGUUGGCACUCCGUCGCUUACGACGACGAGGGUUCCAGUUGAUCCGAUCAACGGAACGACCUACUCGUGAAAUUAACGUGCAAGUGGCUGAGCAAUCCACAGACACGUGUACCCUUAGCGUAGUUCUCGGGGGAUAUUCAGUGUGACAAAGUGUGAUAAGGAUGACCCUUUGAAUUACAGGCACAACAGAAACAGGAAGUAAGAGUGAGAGGAAGUUGUGGUGAAAGAGUACAGCAGGGUUCGCCACCAUCCCCUGCCGGAGCCUCGUGGAACUUUAGGUGUUUUAGCUCAAUAAACACUCACAACGCUCGGUCUGGGAAUCGAAACCGCGAUCCUAUGACCGAGAGUCCGCUGCCCUAUCCACUGGUCCAUUGCGCCUCCACGAUAAUGUUUAAAGGGAGAUAAUUAGACUCAGCUGCUAGAAACAUUUCAGAAAGGUGACGCGCUUGCGCAUUGAAAGUAUUUCCUGCUGCAUUUUGAUAUCCGAUUAAAUGUUUUCUUCAUUAAAAUCUCUUAAUCAGCUGAUAAUUCAUCUAUAAUAUUUAUGACACAUUUCUCAUCUACCAGAUACACACAUAUAUAACAACUCUAUCCCUUAUGAAACAUUUCCAACAUCAGAUGACAUUGAUGUAACAGAAGAAGCAUAUUCGAUAUCUACCUUGAUUUUAAAGACUACAAGAAAUUAUUAUACAAAACAGAUGUAUAACAUUGUUUCUACAAAUCAGUGACUGAAUUCCUGUGAAACAUUUCUGAACAUCACUGACUGAAGUAUCAAGAAGAGUAGCCCCUGUGCUGAUGAAACUUGGAUAAAUUUAUGUAAUUGUUGCUAGACAAAGGUAACCCUGGACAGAAAUACAGCAGUAAGAGCAUUUGUAAGGAAUAAAGUGUCAGAAUAAAGCAAGAAAAAUAUAUAAACUGGGAUUUGAGAGGAAAAUAAUGGAAAAGAGUGAGAAAAGUAUAGAAUUGAUUUCCUCUGAACCCCUGAUGAAAGAAGAAAGGAAAUUGUCAUAUGACCGUGAUGUCUGUAAAAAGGUCUUCUCCCUAAAAUGUAACCUAAUUUCCCACGAGCGUAUUCAUACAGGAGAUAAACCAUUUCAUUGUGAGAUCUGUGGUAGAUAUUUCUCACAAAGUGGUAGCUUAACUACACACAAACGUAUUCAUACGGGAGAGAAACCGUAUCAUUGUGAAAUCUGUGGUAAAUCUUUCUCUCAAAGUUGUCAUUUAACUACACAUGUACGUCUUCAUAAGGGAGAGAAACCAUAUCAUUGUGAUAUCUGUGGUAAAUCAUUCUCUCGAAGCAGUCACUUAGCUACACACAGACAUAUUCAUACAGGAGAAGAACCAUAUCACUGUGAAAUCUGUGGUAAAUCUUUCUCUCAAAGUAGUCAUUUAACUACACAUGUACGUCUUCAUAAGGGAGAGAAACCAUAUCAUUGUGAUAUCUGUGGUAAAUCAUUCUCUUGGAAGAGUCACUUAACUAUACACAGGCGUAUUCAUACAGGAGAAGAACCAUAUCACUGUGAUGUCUGUGGUAAAUCAUUCUCUGACAGUAGUUGUUUAACUACACACAUACGUAUUCAUACAGGAGAGAAACCAUAUCAUUGUGGUAUUUGUGGUAAAUCAUUCUCUGAAAAUGGUACCUUAAAGAAACACAAGCGUAUUCAUACUGGAGAGAAACUGUAUUCCUGUGAGGUGUGUGGUAAAUCAUUGUCUCGAAGUUCAUCACUAAUUACACACAAACGUACUCAUACAGGAGAGAAACCAUAUCAGUGUGAUAUUUGUGGUAAAUCAUUCUCUCAAAAUAGUCACUUAACUAGUCACAAACGUACCCAUACAGGAAAGGAACGGUAUCAUUGUGAUAUCUGUGGUAAACCAUUGUCUCGGAGUGGUUCAUUAGCUACACACAAAUGUAUUUAUACAUGAUAGAACUCAUGUAACUGUGAUGUCUGGUCGUGUAGAACAUCAGAUGACAUUGAUGUAACAGAAGAAGCAUAUUCGAUAUCUACCUUGAUUUUAAAGACUGCAAGAAAUUAUUAUACAAAACAGAUGUAUAACAUUGUUUCUACAAAUCUGUGACAGAAUUCCUGUGAAACAUUUCUGAACAUCACUGACUGAAGUAUCAAGAAGAGUAGCCCCUGUGCUGAUGAAACUUGGAUAAAUUUAUGUAAUUGUUGCUAGACAAAGGU